UGCAUAGUUUACAUCCGGGAUGAUCUCAUCCUGUGAAUGGCGACGCCCCCGUGAACCCCGAAGCACCUGUCACUCUGCCUUCAGUGCUGCGUUCAUAGGCUGCUCGGACAAAAGCCCUGUCCCUUUAUUUGUCACGCAGCCAAUCGGCAGACUAACGUUUCACUCCGUCCUUAAGGCUGAACACUCAUUGGAUAUUAUUGACGUCAAUCAAACGGACGCGUCAGCGGGAUUGGGUGAUUAUCAGUUGGGGGCGGGGUUAAUCGCUAGUUUGACGUUGUUGUUGUAAGUGGUGGAGAAAUUACUUUGUCGCUUGUGGUCCGGUCUGGGAUUCUACACUGAAUUUUUUUUUUUUACACCUGUGAUGCUGGUAAAAAGUUGAGCAGUACUUUUCCUGGAAACUUCCAUCCCACACACAAGUCGAUGUUCGCUGGAAAACUCCCCGGCGGGACGAUGGAAACAUCUCCGAGGCCGUCAGAGGUGUGGCCGGCAGAGUAGCUCUCGCUCCAGGACUGCCCUGCGUUCUCCGCUCGCCUCGUCGUCCUUUGGAGGAGACCAGUGUUCCUGAUUGUUUUUUUACGCCCAGAUGCAAGCCCCCAACCUGUGAAUUCAUGAUCACAUGACCUUGGACAUGGACGCAGUCCUGUCCGACUUUGUGCGUUCUACUGGAGCUGAGCCCGGACUGGCCAGAGACCUGCUUGAGGGGAAGAACUGGGACUUCACUGCUGCUCUCAGCGACUUUGAGCAGCUGCGACAGGUGCAUGCCGGAAACCUCACCUACUCCAUCCCAGAGGAGCAGACGUAUCAGCCGCCGGAGAAGGACAUGGCCCGAGUCGGGCGACCAUUACUCCACCGCCAAGAUGAGGUGGUGCAAGCUUCAGAGAAGCGCCUGUCCAGGGGAAUUUCCCACGCCAGCUCCACCAUCGUUUCCCUGGCGCGCUCCCACGUCUCCAACCCUGGCGGCACCAGCAACGAGCCUCUGCUGGACACUCCUCUGUGCACGUUCCAGCUACCGGACCUCACUGUGUACCGGGACGACUUCCGGAGCUUCAUCGAGAGGGACCUGAUCGAGCAGUCCAUGAUGGUGGCGCUGGAGCACGCCGGACGCCUGAACUGGUGGACAAAGGUGGUUCCAAACUGCCAGAGCCUGCUGCCGCUGGCGACCAGCGGAGACGGGAACUGUCUGCUGCACGCCGCCUCCCUCGGGAUGUGGGGCUUCCACGACCGCGACCUGAUGCUGCGGAAGUCCCUGUACGCGCUGAUGGACCACGGCUCUGAGAGGGAGGCCCUGAAGCGCCGGUGGAGGUGGCAGCAGACGCAGCAGAACAAAGAGUCUGGUCUGGUGUACACAGAGGAGGAGUGGCAGAGAGAGUGGAACGAACUGCUGAAGCUGGCCUCCAGUGAGCCCAGGAUACACUACAGCGCCAACGGCACCAACGGGGCGGAGUCUUCCGACGAGCCCGUUUACGAGAGUUUAGAGGAGUUUCAUGUCUUCGUCUUGGCUCACGUGCUCAGGCGGCCCAUCGUUGUGGUGGCUGACACCAUGCUGAGGGACUCUGGGGGGGAAGCUUUUGCCCCCAUCCCGUUUGGAGGCAUCUACCUUCCGCUGGAGGUUCCAGCCGCUAAGUGCCAUCGCUCCCCGCUGGUCCUGGCGUACGAUCAGGCGCAUUUCUCUGCCCUCGUCUCCAUGGAGCAGAAGGACAGCUCCAAAGAGCAAGUCGUGAUCCCGCUCACCGACUCCGAGCACAAAAUGCUGCCUCUGCACUUCGCCGUGGAUCCUGGGAAGGACUGGGAGUGGGGAAAGGAUGACACGGACAACGUGAUGCUGGCGAGCGUGGCUUUGUCUUUGGAGGCUAAGCUCCAGAUGUUGCACACCUACCUGACGGUCACCUGGCUGCCGCUGCCCUGUGAGCAGGCCCCGCUGGCUCAGCCCGAGUCCCCCACAGCUUCGGCCGGAGAGGACGCCCGAACGCCCCCCGACUCUGGCGAAUCUGACAAGGAGUCGGUCAGCAGCAGCUCCAACGGCAACGGGGACGCCGCCGCGGGACCGACCCUCAACGGAAACGCAUCUUUGGCCAAGAACAGCUCCUCUUCCUCCUCCAGUUCCUCCUGCAGCGGGUCGGGGGGGAAGGACAAAAGUAAGAAGGACAAGGACAAGAAGAGGGCCGAUUCUGUGGCCAACAAACUGGGGAGUUUUGGCAAAAGCCUCGGCAGCAAGCUGAAGAAAAAUGUGGGGGGGCUGAUGACGGGAAAGAACGCGGGAGGGGUCAGUGGCAAGCAGGAGGGGGCAGAGAAGAAGAAAGGCUCAUUUAGGGGCAGGGAGGGCAGCAAGGACAGCUCGCCCUCAGCCCAAGCCUCCGAGGAUUCUGGGAAAGGUUCCCCGUCCUCGGGCAGCGAGCGUCUCAUCGGAACGGGGAGCAGCAUGAGCAGCUGUGGGGGGAGCAGCACCGAGAGUGAGAACUACAAGUACAGCGCGGACGUGAAGGUCAGCCUGGGCAUCCUGCGAGCCGCCAUGCAGGGCGAGAGGAAGUUCAUCUUCUCCAGCCUCCUCACCACCAGCAACCGCCAGCCCUUCCAGGAGGAGAUGAUCCAGCGCUACCUGGCGGAUGCGGAGGAGCGCUUCCGGGUGGAGCAGGAGCAACAGCGCCGGGACGCAGAGAGGAAAGGCGUGGUCAACAGCGUCCAGCCCCCCAAGAAGGAGCCGGUUGGUGGUUCGGAGCAAAAGUAUCGGCCUUAUGAGGCCAAAGAGGAGCUUUCAGACAACCUGUCGCCUCCCUUCAGCCAGUUCAAGUACUCUCCUUUGAGCCCCUCCAUGUACUCGGGGGUGGUACCCAUCCCUCGACCUUCUUUAAUCGAGCCCCCCCCUGCUGCCGUGCCCCUCACUCAGCACCCUUACAUGCCCAACUUCUUGGAUUCUCGCCGUCAGUUAGCGGGCGGUUCUCCAGCGACUUCUUAUUCCGGCCUUCCGUCGUACGCCACCCUCCCCCGGCAUUGCCCCACAUCGCAGGGCCUCUCCCACCCCCACUUCAACAUCUCUCAAGGCCCCUCCUCUUUGAGUCCGCCUCGCCUUGCGCCCUCGUACCCCCCGGAGUUUGACCCGCCGGAUUACCCCGGAGCCGAACCCGCCGCCGGAAGCUACACCAACGGCUUCCGGGACGUGAGCUCCACCCUGGACCCUCGGAGCGGGCAGGCCCCGGUCAGACACUACUCGCUGGGCAGCGCGGGCGGCCUGGCGUGCCUGCAGUCCAGCCGCUGUCGGACACCCAGCUGCAUCUACUACGGACACCCCGAGACUGGAAACUACUGCUCCUGCUGUUACAAGGAGGAGCUGAAGAAGAGGGAGGCGGAACCGGGCAUCCACCGUUUCUGAACGGACCUGACUUCAGCUCCCCGUAUAAGAGUGGCCUUUUCGUGUGUCGUUAAAUUAGAGCGGGGGUGGGGGGGGGGUGUCUCAUUUGUCUCGUUGACCUGGAAAGGUGAAGAGAGUGGAUGGAACCAGGGACAGCGGGCUGGUGUUGGACCUUAGGAUGAACCGACUGCACUUCUGUUUCAUUUUGCUGUGGCUCUUACGUAGGUGUUGUGUAUGAGUGAGUGUGUGUGUGUCUGUGUGUGUGUGUGGGAACAACAGGCUCUCCUCCUUUUGUAAGAGAUCUUCACCUUGCUGCUGUCUCCUCCUAUUGGAGAGAAUGUAAAUGGCAGGCUGAGUACAUGACACUACAGGCAGAAACUUUAGACGUCUGCAAACCCAGGGAAGCAAGCACAAACAGGGACGCUGCGCCCGUCUGCACACGCGUCUGCACACGCAUACGUGGGCCGCUUAAGGGUGUGGAAAGCAUUUAAAUGUCCCAUGAAGAUCUUUUAAGUGUUAAAAUGACGCUGCGGUUAGAUGAUGCUCGCGUCAGUUGUCUAUGGAAACGGCACAGCGCUCGUUGAACUGCUUUCCAGCCUCUAUUUGCAUUAUGCAAACUCAAUCUGUCAUGCAACGCUAACGAUUAACCGCUCGGCAGGCAUGGAAACGCACGUCUGCGCUGCCGUCCCUGACCAAAGCCUCACCUUAUGUCUGACUCGUGAAUCAUUAUACUGGACUUUUAGGGUGUCAACCUCUAACGAUGUUGAGAGCUAUUGACCAGGUCAGGCCACUGACCAGCUUUAUGGAACAACCCAAACUUUCCUAAAAACAAGGUUUUGGCGUCCCUCUGUUAAGGUCUUCCCGCUUUCCUGUUUUCGCCGCGUCAGGUUGCUGGCCGACUCUGCCUUCACUCAUCCGUGCGGUUGAAAGACUCCGACUUCUGCUGUAGAAACACCAAACUAACCGAAGGAUUUUAGCUAAAUCUCCAGAUAUGCGUUUUAUGUCCCAAAGGGACCUUAUGAGUUGGAACAAUAGUAACUGUGUGCUGCAGAGCUGCUGUUUGGAUGUCUAAAGUGGGUCUGAAAAUGCACCGUUCGGUCAGCGGGCCGAGUUCGCAGGUUUCCAGCAGGAAGCUGCAACCCUUUCGUACUACAGGAAGUUAUCCAAACGUUUUUUUUUUUUUUUCGUUUGUUUGUUUUUUUCUGGCUUUCGCUCAGCCAAAUCCAUUCUGCACAGUCCAAGCACUUUCCUGAUGUGAGAUCCUCCCCGCUCGUCUCUGCAGACACUGCCACCUGUUUUCCAGGAAGGAGAGGCUCUGCGGCGCUCGUGUCGCCCACUGACCGAAGAUGCCUUUGUUCCUCAUUUGUCCUCUGACAAACCUCAAGUUUGCUUCCUCGCCUGCAGUUUCCUCCACAACGAUGCCCAAAGAUUAGCGUACGAAUUCUGCAUUUUGACUUUAUGCCCGAUGACGUUAGUAAAUUAGUUUCAGUCUUCCACCCUCAACACUGUUUAAGAUAUUUAAAUAAUGUUUUUGUUUAUUUCCCCUUUAUUAGUGGAAGUAGUUUUCAGCUGUAGGUACUCGACUUGUGUUGGUUCUGUUUGGUUUUUUUUCUGUCUCUAAGGUUAUUAGAAAAGCACAAUUCAGUAUGCAAUUCACUGCCUUGCCCAAAGGAGGGCACUGUUGGGUUUAUUUUCUCUGCAGCUUUUGGCUCUUUCUUUCUUUCUUUCUUUCUUUCUUUCUUUCUUUCUUUCUUUCUUUCUUUCUUUCUUUCUUUCUUUCUUUCUUUCUCUCUUUCUUUCUUUCUUUCUCUCUCUCUCAGCUGACAGAAGGAGCAUUUUCCACAGAUGAAGGUAUCUUCUGUGCUGCUGAAGCUGCUAAAACCGCGAGGGAAUCUCUGAAAUGAAAACACUGACGUUUUCUGGUUUCCGAUAAUAUUUAUAAUAUUUGCAUUUACUGUGUGAAUGUUUCUGUGUUCAUACUUGCGGUUCCUAUUGCAAGAACUCUAGAAAAAAAAAUGAGACCUUUUUAAAAAAAAUAAAUUAAAAAACAAAGAUAGCUUUGUGCUUUCUCCAAAGUAGUAAUCAGAUGACAAACCAUCCUGUUUUUGUGUUUAUUUUUCUAAGAGCCUCUAAAAACGUCUGCCCUCUUUUUUGUUUUUGUUUUUUGGGUAUUUCAUUAUAAAGGAAGCAGAAGGAGAGGUUGUACAAAUAUGUUUCCAUUUAUUUUUGUACGGCCAUAGUUUUACAGUGUUUUUUUGUUUUGUUUUUGUAAAGGAUAAAGAAUGUAUUUUGUCGUCUUCUUCCACGCGUGUGGAUCUGAAGCUCGUCGGGGUAAAAACAGUUUUGGCCGUUGAAGGAGAACCCAGAGGGCCUGCUCACUGCAAACUGACUUCAGUUUGAACCAUUGAAGAAAAUAUAUAUAUUUAUAGAAAGAUUUUGUUCUAUAUAGUUUACCUUUUUUGGUAAUGUUUAGUUGGGAAAAGUUAGGACGUUCUCUCUCACACGGCUAAUUGUUGUGCAGUCUGGCUUUUAUUUCUUAGUUUUAUUUUGAAACAUCUCGAAACCACCGGUCUGCACUCAUACACGCGUCUUUUAUUUUCUGUCCCUUCUGUGAGAAGCAGGAAGUUCCUAACUCAUGACAGAGAACAUGGAAUACCUGGAGCUGCAUGGGACUGAGUCUGUUGCAUGCAAACGGAGAACCAUUGUACCAAGUGCAUUAAUAACUUGAUUUUUCUUUCUUUUUUGUCCCCGUCCUUUGUGUUGGGUUUUUUUAUACAUAUUUUUAUUUUUCAGAGGAGAGCUCCGAUGCCGUGUGACAGUGCAAUCUGGAUAGAACAUCUGAUUUUAUGUUAGAUUGUUAUUAUUAAUAUUAUUUUUUGCACUGUUUGAAUAAAUUCUCAUUGUAUUUCAAACUGUU